AUGUGCAGUAUUAGAGUUGAUAUUGAUAUCCCAGAAGACAUUAUUUUCCAGAUUCUAUCAAGACUACCAUCGAAAUGGUUGGUGCGAUUUCAGAGUGUGUGUAAGUCUUGGUAUGCUGUGAUAACACAAGACCAUGAUUUUCAGCUUAAUUCAAGAAACAGCUGUUGUCGUAGUUGGAUUGCAACGACGAAUUUUGGUGGCGUAGUCGAUUGCGGCGCCGCCGGCGGUAGUGUUCGUCUUCUCUCACCACAAAGGAUGCUCGUUGUGACCAGCAAUCCAGCAAGUGAGACUGUAAGUUACAUGGGAAAUCCUGGUAAAAUCUUGUGCUUCAAUCUUGACGACCAGAAAUUGUAUAACAUCGACCUAAUUCCAAUGGAAUUGCAACCAAACAAAGGCAGUCAUCGUUACCAUCUGCGACAGCUCAAUGACUACAACUACAAGUACACGCCUAUGCAUAAGAUUAUGGUGUAUGAAGGAAUAUGGGAACUCCAAUUCUUGGACUCCUUUGUUUAA